UUGAGCUGAGGCUGGCUAACAAGCUAGCCUGCUAAGUUGAGUUGCUGAGCAGGAGACGCAGAGGAUAGUGAUGAAAACAUGCCUCACUUCACAGUGGUACCAGUGAAGGAUCAAGCUCAGGCCAGCUACGACAGUCUAGAGGGGAUUAACUGGGUGGAUUACAGGGACACUGGACAGGACUAUCCUGAUCAUCAAGACACUGUCAGCUCUGAUGGACAUGGGAAUCACAAGGAAGACAGUCCAUUUCUCAACAGUGCUGAUGCCAGCAAGAAGAAUGACUUCUAUGACAGGAACCUGGCUUUGUUUGAGGAAGAGCUGGACAUCCGGCCAAAGGUUUCGUCUCUGCUUAGCCGCUUGGUCAGCUACACAAACAUCACCCAGGGAGCUAAGGAGCAUGAGGAGGAGGAGAGCGCUGAGGCCUCACGUAGGAAGACCCCCAAGUCUCCCAACAUGGGCACUCUGAUGGGAGUCUACUUGCCGUGCCUCCAGAACAUCUUUGGUGUCAUUCUUUUUCUCCGGCUGACGUGGAUUGUUGGUGUGGCUGGCAUCAUGCAGUCCCUCCUCAUUGUCCUCAUGUGCUGUUCAUGUACAAUGCUUACAGCCAUAUCAAUGAGUGCCAUUGCUACUAAUGGUGUUGUUCCAGCUGGAGGGGCAUACUUCAUGAUCUCCCGCUCCCUUGGCCCUGAGUUUGGAGGAGCUGUGGGCCUGUGCUUCUACUUGGGCACCACGUUUGCUUCUGCCAUGUACAUACUGGGGGCUAUCGAAAUCUUCUUGAAAUAUUUGGUACCCCAGGCAGCCAUAUUUCACAGCACAGACAUCCCUGGGAGUGACAGUGCCAUGCUGAACAAUAUGCGAGUCUACGGCUCUAUCUGCCUCAGCUUGAUGGCCGUGGUGGUUUUUGUGGGAGUCAAAUAUGUCAACAAGCUUGCCUCUCUUUUCCUGGCCUGUGUCAUUAUCUCAAUUGUCUCCAUCUAUGCUGGGGCAUUCAAAUCCAUGACUCAUCCUCCAGAGUUCCCGAUUUGCAUGCUGGGAAACAGGACGUUGGUGAGAGAUCGCUUCGAUGUGUGUGCUAAGACUGUGAUAAAGGGCAACAUCACGGUGCCCAGUCAGUUGUGGGAAAGGUUCUGUCUGCCGGGGAACAUGAGCAGCGCUCAGUGUGAUGACUACUUCAUCCAGAACAAUGUGACGGAGAUACAGGGCAUCCCUGGAUUGGGCAGUGGGAUUAUUAGAGAAAACAUGUGGGGAGACUACCAACAGAAAGGGGAGAUCUUAGAGAAAGCGGGGCUUCAGUCAGUGGAUGCCCAUAGUGCCAUGGAGAACUUUGGCAUGUACGUGUCAGCUGACAUCGCUACAUCAUUCACACUUCUGGUUGGGAUCUUCUUCCCGUCUGCCACAGGUAUCAUGGCAGGCUCUAACAGAUCUGGUGAUCUCCGUGAUGCUCAAAAAUCCAUUCCUGUGGGAACUAUCUUAGCCAUCACUACUACUUCAAUUGUUUAUUUCACCUCUGUGGUCCUCUUCGGGUCUUGUAUUGAAGGAGUAGUUCUAAGGGACAAGUUUGGAGACGGCGUUCGAAAAACUUUGGUGGUGGGAACUCUCUCCUGGCCGUCUCCGUGGGUUAUUGUCAUUGGGUCCUUCUUCUCUACAGUUGGGGCAGGCCUGCAGUCCCUCACUGGGGCACCCCGACUUCUUCAGGCCAUUGCCAAGGACAAUAUCAUUCCAUUCCUCAGGGUGUUUGGUCAUGGAAAGAGCAAUGGAGAGCCUACAUGGGCCCUAUUACUGACUGGUCUCAUAGCUGAGCUGGGCAUCCUGAUUGCCUCACUAGAUAUGGUGGCUCCUAUCCUUUCCAUGUUCUUUUUGAUGUGCUAUCUCUUUGUGAACUUAGCCUGUGCAGUUCAGACUCUGUUGCGCACACCCAACUGGAGGCCAAGGUUUAAAUACUACCACUGGGCUCUGUCCUUCCUUGGCAUGAGUAUGUGUCUGGCUCUGAUGUUCAUCUCCUCCUGGUACUAUGCUAUUGUGGCUAUGGGCAUUGCUGGGAUGAUCUACAAGUACAUCGAGUACCAGGGAGCAGAGAAGGAGUGGGGAGAUGGUAUAAGAGGACUGUCCCUGAGCGCUGCCCGAUACGCCCUGUUAAGACUGGAGGCUGGACCCCCGCACACCAAGAACUGGAGACCUCAGCUGUUGGUGCUGUUGAAACUGGACGAGGACCUCCAUGUAAAAUAUCCUCGCCUGCUCACCUUCGCCUCUCAGCUGAAGGCUGGAAAGGGUCUGACCAUUGUGGGCUCUGUCGUCCAGGGCAACUUCCUGGACAGCUAUGGGGAAAUGCAGGCAGCUGAGCAGGCCAUAAAGAACAUGAUGGAGAUUGAGCGAGUUAAGGGUUUCUGCCAGAUUGUGGUGGCAUCCAAGGUGCGGGAGGGUAUUGUCCACCUGAUCCAGUCCUGUGGUCUGGGGGGCAUGAAGCACAACACUGUGGUGAUGGGCUGGCCGUACGGCUGGAGACAGAGUGAAGACCCUCGUGCCUGGAAGACUUUUAUCAACACAGUCCGCUGCACCACAGCUGCCCACCUGGCCCUGAUGGUGCCCAAAAAUGUGUCCUUCUACCCAAGCAACCACGAACGCUUCACAGAUGGCAACAUUGACGUUUGGUGGAUCGUCCAUGAUGGGGGGAUGCUAAUGCUGCUGCCUUUCCUGCUCAAACUGCAUAAAGUUUGGAGGAAAUGCAAGAUGCGUAUCUUCACUGUAGCACAGAUGGAUGACAACAGCAUCCAGAUGAAGAAAGAUCUGGCCACGUUCCUUUACCAGUUGAGGAUAGAGGCUGAGGUCGAGGUGGUGGAGAUGCAUGACAGUGACAUCUCAGCAUACACCUAUGAGCGCACGUUAAUGAUGGAGCAGAGGUCCCAGAUGUUGAGGCAAAUGAGGCUGUCCAGUGCAGAAAGACAAAGAGAGGCCCAGCUGGUUAAGGAUAGACACUCUUUGGUGCGUAUGGGAAGUUUAUACUCAGAUGAAGAGGAGGAGGUGGUGGAGGCUCCUCCAGAGAAGGUUCAGAUGACAUGGACAAGAGAGAAGGUCGAGGCUGAGAGGAGUAACAGGAACAAUGCACCGGAGAACUUCAGAGAACUCAUGAGCCUCAAACCGGAUCAGUCCAAUGUGCGACGUAUGCAUACGGCCGUGAAGCUAAAUGAGGUAAUAGUCAACAGGUCCCACGAUGCUCGAUUAGUGCUGCUCAACAUGCCAGGACCACCUCGAAACACAGACGGAGAUGAGAACUAUAUGGAGUUUCUAGAAGUGUUGACUGAAGGCUUAGAAAGAGUGCUGCUGGUCCGAGGCGGAGGUCGGGAGGUUAUCACUAUCUACUCAUGAUCAAUUAUUAGCUGCUACACAGGAGCACCUGCCUCAUCAGAACACAUUCCACCUCUUGACAGGAGGCAGCAGCUGCUUUGCUGCCAGACACUUCUGAGUAGAUAUGUUAAUUUGACACUUUUAUUGUGAAGUAUGGAUUUUUGAGUACAUAGGUUUAUUCUAUUCUUGUAGAAUACUGGGUCAGUGUACAUAUCCACCUGUAUCUCAACCACUCUGCCAUUCUUUAUAAAUGAAAGCAGUUAUUUUUCUCCCUCGGAACCCAGUACUUGUGUUUCAAACACAAACUUUAGAUCACGAUUUUCUUAUUUAUAAGAGAAAAAUAAAAUAAAACUCUUCAUAUACGACAAUAAAUCUACAUUUGACAAUAUGAUAGACUAUUCUAUACAUGUUGGUAGAACUGUUUUAAAAUAAGCCAGAAUUUUUAUUCUGAAACAGCUCUUUGAUUAUUUUGUAAGCACAUUUCUAUUUAUUUAUUUAUUUUAUCAACAUUUCCCCACUGAGGUAAAGAGGAUGUAACUGUGGAUAUUUAACACAGUGCUUGACGUUGGUUGUGCUGUAAAGGAAGCAGGCCAGAGAUCAUAAAGCAAGUUUUUAAAAAGAGUUCUAAUUUAUGAUUUUUUUGGACGGAUAUUUGUGUAUGUGAAUGACUUUUGAACUGUUACAUUUGUACUUUUUU